CAUCCAGAACAAUUCUUAUCUCAAUAAAAUAAUGAACAAAAAGUUUUUAGUCAAAACCUAUUAAUGAUAAUGUUAUCAUUGAAACAAUGCAUUUAAAAAUGAAUAUUAAUGCUUACUGAACACUUCUUAUGCUUAUAAAUGCUAAGACAUUGAUAUCCAGAACUAGUUUUGUUCCAAUUAAACAACACAUCAUUCCAAGUGUUUCUAUUUUUGUGUGUCUCACCAUGUCAAUGAAAAUAAUUUUAUUAAUCAUUUCAUCAUUAUUGAUACUCAAUUCAUACGUCUACGGUACAUUUGAUAUUAAUACUAAUCCAGAAUGCAAUUAUCUAAACGAACACGUGAUAGAUCUGUCAGAGACAGACAUGAGACGUUUGAGGAAACCCUUGAUUAUCAGUGAUAAAAUAUUCUGCAUUCAUGUGGAAAAUAAUAACAUCUCAGAAAUGGCAUAUAAAACUUUUAAUAAAGUACCUAAUUUGAAGUACUUGAAUUUAGCCGGCAAUUUGUUAUCAUUUGAUAAAUUAAACUUCAAUCGUCAUGGAUCAAUUGAAAUACUCGUACUGGAUCAAGCUUUAAGAAGUAAACUUGCUGUUAGUAAUCGUCGAAAUUUAUUAAAACAUCUUAUGCACAUGGAAGAUUCAAAGACUGAAAAUUCUAUCACUUUUACACCAGCAUUUACUUUACCUAAAUUAAAGAAGUUAUAUCUACGUGGAAAUAGAAUUACCUCAGUGCUAACUGAUGUAUGGUUGGACGAACUCUUUCCAAAUAUCACUCAUUUAUACCUGAGUGAUAAUCAAAUUUCUAAAACAAAUUUUAUGAAGUAUGUACCAUCAUCAUUGACACAUUUAUAUUUGGAUAAAAAUAAUAUUGAAAAAAUAGAAAAUGUCCCAUUAAAUACUCUAGAAGUGUUAAAUGUUGAUUAUAAUAAUAUUAAUCAACUGUGUGGUUUAACAUCUAAAGAUUGUAAGGGAAUUAAACUGAUAGAUGCAAUUAAUUUAAAAGUACUUUCUGUUUCACAAUCACGACUUGAACAAAUUGAUCAAGAUGCCUUUUCAAAUGUCACUAAAUUGGAAUAUUUGGAUUUAUCACAUAAUAGUCUUCAGAAAAUAAAUAAAACUAUUUUUGAACCAUUGGUUAAUUUGUCAUCUCUUCGAUUAGAUAGUAAUCAAUUCCAAGUACUUCCAGAUUUUGAAAGUUUAACCAAUUUAUCACACCUCUCUUUUCAAGAUAAUAAAAUAGAAUCAAUUGAUGAAUUUGAUUUCAAAGGUUUAUCAAAAUUAAAAGAAAUCAAUUUGAGAGGUAAUGCUAUCGUUGAUAUUCAUCCGGAAGCAUUUUAUCAAUUGAAUGAAUUGGAAGUACUGAAUCUUUCACAUAAUAAAUUAAGAUUUUUAUCAGACAAUUGGAUUUCACCGCAAUCUGUUUUACGAGAUUUGGAUCUAAGUCAUAACUUUUUUUACUUUUUUGACGGAUUUGGAUUGAGUAAUGCUGUUCAAUUGAAAAAUUUAAAUAUUUCUAAUAAUGAAUUUACUUCAAUAUCAAUUCCUAUGCUUACGUAUCUGUCAUUUAAUGUUACCUUGGAAAUUGGAAGUACAUGUAUCGAAUCAACAAAACUUUAUUCUUCAUCAUAAAUAUUAUUUAGCAUAUUAUCUUCAUUAUGCAUUGUCAUAAAUCAUUUUUGA